AUGAUUUUGGAGAAAACUGUAGGCAACUCAAGGAAAGAUUGGGCAAGGAAACUUGAUGAUGCAUUCUGGGCAUACAGGACCGCUUUCAAAACACCUAUAGAAUUAGAACAUAAAGCCUUGUGGGCCACUAAAUUUCUGAACUUUGAACCAUCAAAAGCUAAUGAUAAAAGAUUACUGCAAUUAAAUGAGCUAGAUGAGUUCAGGUUGGUGGCUUAUGAGAAUGCCAGGAUUUAUAAAGAAAAGACAAAGAAGUGGCAUGACAAGAAAAUCCAACCAAAAGAGUUUGAGCCAGGACAACAGGUGCUACUAAUUAUUUUGUUUUCUGAGUUUAUGCGAGGUAGACUUGCUCCUACAGAUUUUGUGAUUGAUUCUGAAAUUGCAAGAACUGAGACGAGACUGAGGAAAGUUGCCAAGCAGAUAAUCUGGGAAGAAUUCAACAACGUACCUGUACAACCAAUAUAA